AAGUCACGUGAUGAUAGUGAUUCAGGCAGACCAUUCCAGAGCAGCAGUUCAUCAUGUGCACCAAAUGUUCCUUACCGGACAACCAAAAAUGUGGAUUCAAGUGACGAAAGCUCUUCUGAAUCUGAUGAUGAUAGCUAUUUGUGGAAACGAAAACGACAGAAAUGUUUCAACUUUCCUCCUGCUAAAUCUGAGCUUUUUCAGCUUAGCCCGAGCCACCAAGACCAAACUGCUCAAGGUGGCAAGAAAGUCAACAAUAUUUGGGGUGUGGUGCUCCAGGAGCAGAAUCAGGAUGCAGUGGCUGCUGAACUUGGCAUUCUAGGCAUGGAUGGUAGUCUUGACAGAAGCAGGGAGUCUGAGACUUACAAUUAUUUAUUGGCUAAAAAGCUGAUGAAGGAAGCUCAGCAAAAGGAGGCAGAGUCUUUAGAUAAAGAACUAGAUGAAUACAUGCACGGUGACAAGAAAACAUUAGAGGAAGAAAAAGAUCAAGGCAUCCUCAAACGGAAGCGGACGGUAAAAGACAGGCUGGGUGAAAGACAAGAAAUGAAAUAUGAAGGAAGGUAUGAGAUAACAGAAGAAGACCCAGAAGAAAAAGUGGCCGAUGAAAUUGCUUAUCGGCUUUGUGAACCAAAGAAAGAUUUAAUUGCACGAGUAGUGAAAAUAAUUGGGAAGAAAAAAGCUCUCGAACUGCUUAUGGAAACAACUGAAGUCGAACAAAAUGGUGGAUUGUUCAUAAUGAACGGCAGUCGGAGAAGAACACCAGGGGGCGUUUAUUUAAACCUGCUGAAGAACACACCUAGCAUCAAUGAACAACAAAUCAAGGAAAUAUUCUAUCUGGAAAAUCAGAAGGAGUAUGAAAACAAAAAAGCUGCUAAGAAGAGGAGAAUACAAGUUCUAGGAAAGAAGAUGAAAAAAGCCAUUAAAGGGCUUAACCUGAAAGAAUAUGAUGAUGCAUCUCGUGAGACUUUCGCUAGCGAUACAAAUGAGGCUCUGGCUUCCCUGGAUGAUCUACAGGAAGGGCAUAAUGAAGAAAAGAUGGAACCUGAAGAUAGUCUUGAAAUUGAAAUUGAUACUUCUAAUGAUUUGGAUUUCUUUUAG